AUGUGGGUGACCAGACUCCUGCCAGUCCUGCUGCUGCAGCAGGUCCUCCUCCACCUCCUGCUGCUCCCCAUCGCCAUCCCCUAUGCAGAAGGACAGAAGAAAAGAAGAAACUCACUUCAUGAAUUCAAGAAGUCAGCAAAGACAACUCUAUUUAAAGAAGACCCAUUUCUGAAGAUAAAAACAAAAAAAAUGAACACUACAGACCAAUGUGCUCAUAGAUGUAUUAGGAAUAAAGGUCUUCCAUUUACUUGCAAGGCCUUUGUUUUUGAUAAAGCAAGAAAACGAUGCAUCUGGUUCCCUUUCAAUAGCAUGUCAACUGGAGUGAAAAAACAGUUUUGCCAUGAAUGCGACCUCUAUGAAAACAAAGACUAUAUUAGAAACUGCAUCAUUGGUAAAGGAGGUAGCUACAAGGGAACAGUAUCUAUCACUAAGAGUGGCAUCAAAUGCCAGCCCUGGAAUUCCAUGAUACCCCACGAGCACAGCUAUCGGGGUAAAGACCUACAGGAAAACUACUGUCGAAAUCCUCGAGGGGAAGAAGGGGGACCGUGGUGUUUCACAAGCAAUCCAGAGGUACGCUACGAAGUCUGUGACAUUCCUCAGUGUUCAGAAGUAGAAUGCAUGACCUGCAAUGGGGAAAGUUAUCGAGGUCCUAUGGAUCAUACGGAAUCAGGCAAGAUCUGUCAGCGCUGGGAUCAUCAGAAGCCACAUCGGCACAAAUUCGUGCCAGAAAGAUAUCCCGACAAGGGCUUUGAUGAUAAUUAUUGCCGCAAUCCUGAUGGCAAGCCGAGGCCAUGGUGCUAUACUCUUGACCCUGACACCCGUUGGGAGUACUGUGCAAUUAAAAUGUGUGCUCACAGUACUAUGAAUGACACCAGAGUCCCUAUGGAAACAACUGAAUGCAUUCAAGGUCAAGGAGAAGGUUAUCGAGGAACCAUCAAUACCAUUUGGAAUGGGAUUCCAUGUCAGCGAUGGGAUUCCCAGUAUCCUCACCAGCAUGACAUAACUCCUGAAAACUUCAAGUGCAAGGACCUAAGAGAAAAUUACUGCCGAAAUCCAGAUGGGGCUGAGUCACCCUGGUGUUUUACCACUGAUCCAAACAUCCGAGUUGGCUACUGCUCCCAAAUUCCAAAAUGUGACGUGUCAAGAGGAGAAGAUUGUUAUCGCGGGAAUGGCAAAAAUUAUAUGGGCAGUUUAUCCAAAACACGAUCUGGACUAACAUGUUCAAUGUGGGAUAAGAACAUGGAAGAUUUACACCGGCAUAUCUUCUGGGAACCAGAUGCUAGCAAGCUAAAUAAGAAUUACUGUCGGAAUCCUGAUGAUGAUGCCCAUGGCCCCUGGUGUUACACAGGAAAUCCUCUCAUUCCGUGGGAUUACUGCCCUAUUUCUCGUUGUGAAGGUGAUACCACACCUACAAUAGUCAACUUAGACCAUCCUGUAAUAUCUUGUGCCAAAACAAAACAAUUACGAGUUGUAAAUGGAAUUCCAACACGAACAAAUGUAGGAUGGAUGGUUAGUUUGAAAUACAGAAAUAAACAUAUCUGUGGAGGAUCAUUGAUAAAGGAAAGUUGGAUUCUUACCGCAAGGCAGUGUUUCCCUUCUCGAAACAGAGACUUGAAAGACUAUGAAGUUUGGCUUGGAAUUCAUGAUGUCCAUGGGAGAGGAGAUGAGAAACGCAAACAGGUUCUCAACGUUUCCCAGGUGGUAUACGGGCCAGAAGGAUCAGAUCUGGUAUUACUAAAGCUUGCUAGACCUGCUGUCCUGGAUAAUUUUGUUAGUACAAUUGAUUUACCCAAUUAUGGAUGCAUAAUUCCUGAAAAAACCACUUGCAGUGUUUACGGCUGGGGCUACACUGGAUCCAUCAACUUUGAUGGUCUAUUACGAGUAGCACAUCUCUUUAUUAUGGGGAAUGAGAAAUGCAGCCAGUAUCAUCAAGGGAAGGUGACUCUGAAUGAAUCUGAAAUAUGUGCUGGAGCGGAAAAUAUUGCCGCGGGACCAUGCGAGGGGGAUUAUGGUGGCCCGCUUAUUUGUGAACAACAUAAAAUGAGAAUGGUUCUUGGUGUCAUUGUUCCUGGCCGUGGAUGUGCCAUUGCAAAUCGUCCUGGCAUUUUUGUCCGAGUAGCAUAUUAUGCCAAAUGGAUACAUAAAGUUAUAUUAACAUAUAAGGUACCACCGUCAUAG